AUGUGUGGCCUACCUAUCAAAGACUUCAUUACUUUUGAAGAAUGUGUGGCGUGUGCACGAGGAAAACAUCAUCGCAAGCCCCAUUUGCCAAAGGCAGUAAACUUAAUCAACAAGGUUCUCCAAUUGUUGCACAUGGAUUUAUUUGGUUCGGUCAACAUUCUUAGCAUCAACAAAAACUCCUAUUGCUUGGUUAUGAUAGAUGACUACUCGAGGUUCACUUGGUUUUUCUUCCUAUCUAACAAGAGCGGAAUUGUUGAUCUGAUCAAGAAGUUCGUGGUGAUGAUUAAGAAUCAAACAAAUGAGAAAGUGAAGGCGCUUAGAACGGAUAAUGGAACAGAAUUCAAGAACGUUGUUCUGGAUCAUUUUUGUGCUGAAAAGGGUAUAAUGCGUCAGUACACUGCCAUUCGCACACCUCAACAAAAUGGUGUUGCUGAAAGGCGCAAUCAUAAUGUGUUAGGUUCUUGCUCAGAUUCUCCUACUCAAAGAAUCAAUCCUGAUGCUAAAGCCACUCUACUUACUCCUACUGAAAGAGAGUUCAUGACUAGAGAUACUUCCAUUGCUACUCAAACUUUCAGGGAGCUUUUCUUUCCAGAGCCGAUUGCAAAUGAGUACGUGGCAAGCAGCUCUCAUGCUUCAAGAUCGUCUGAGGCUGAUGAAUCAGCAGAAGAUGGAUUUAUCAACAUCAAUAACCUUCCUGUCACACUCAAUGAUAUCAGCCAUGAAAUCCACACCAGACUUCAAAGCGCUCAUUCGAUCGAAAAUAUCGAGCCAAAGAAUGUAGAAAUGGAACUGAAUGAGCCGAGUUGGGUGGAUGCAAUGCACAAGGAACUUAAUCAGUUUGAGAAACUAGGGGUGUGGAAAUUGGUUAAGCUGCCAAAGGGAAAAAAGUUUUUGGACACGUGUUAG